CCUCCCGGUCGCCGCUGGAAGGAGGAGACGGAAAGGGACGCGAUGCUUCUCGUCGGAACCGAGCCGCGCUCCGCAGCGGGACACCGAUGAAGGGGAGGCUGCGCCGCGCGAGUCCGAGCUGCGAGGCGCGGCGCCCGGGGAGGAUGCGGCUGCUGUGGCUCCGCUCGGUUCUGCUGCUCGCAGCGGGCUGCAGCCAGAGGGUGGAGGUCCACACCGAGCGCAGGGGAGUCAUCUACAGCCCCUCGUGGCCCCUCAACUAUCCGGCCGGGGUCAACUGCAGCUGGCACAUCCAGGGAGGUCACGGCGAGGUCAUCACCAUCAGCUUCCGGAACUUCGACGUGGCCGACCCGGGCGACUGGCUGAUGCUGACGCCGACGUGGAGCGGAGAGUCGCGGCUCUGCGGCGCCGUGCUGCCUCCUCCCUUCAUCUCCACCAGGGGGCGCGUCUGGCUCUACUUCCACUCUCAGGCCAACAGCUCGGGUCGGGCCCAGGGCUUCCGCCUCUCCUACAUCCGAGGUCACCUGGGGCAGAGCAGCUGCCAGUCGGACGAGUUCCUCUGCGGGAACGGCAAGUGUCUCCCUCGUGGCUGGAAGUGCAACGGUCAGGACGAAUGCGGCGACGGCUCGGACGAGCGGAUGUGCCGGCCCCCCGCGGCGGCCGCCGCCCCCACCGGCCUCUGCCCCCCCGGCUCGCCCGCCUGCACCACCGCCCAGUCCACCCGCUGCCUGCCUCCGGCGCUGCGCUGCAACGGCGCGCGCGACUGUCCGGACGGCAGCGACGAGCGCGGCUGCCCGGACGCCGCCUGCGGGAAGCGGCUGGGGAACUUCUACGGCUCCUUCGCCUCCCCCGACUUCUUCGGAGCCAACCGGAGCGCGGCGUCCGAGCUGCGCUGCGCCUGGCUGCUGGACACCCAGGACCCCAAGCCCAUCGUGCUGCAGCUGGACCUGCAGCUGGGCCCGGGGGACUCUCUGCGGGUCUACGACGGGCCGCUCCACACGGCGGAGCGCCUCCUGCAGGUGCUGUCCUACCACAACAACCGGCGGCCGGCGCUGCUGGAGUCAAGCGGCGGGCAGAUGAGCCUGCUGUACACGGCGCUGCCGCGCAGUCCCGGCCGCGGCUUCAACGCCACGUACCAGGUCAAAGGUUACUGUUUCCCCGGGGAGCGGCCGUGCGGCAGCGACCAGGGCUGCUUCUCUGAGCGCCAGCGCUGCGACGGCUACUGGCACUGCCCGUCGGGCCGCGACGAGGAGGGCUGUCCCUCGUGUCCCGACGGAGAGUUCCCUUGCGAGGGCGGCUCCGGCGUCUGCUACGCGGCCGGCGAGCGCUGCAACAACCAGAAGAGGUGUCCGGACGGCUCGGACGAGAAGAACUGCCACCAGUGUCAGCCGGGCAACUUCCACUGCGCCACCAACCUGUGCAUCUUCGAGACCUGGCGCUGCGACGGCCAGGAGGACUGCCUGGACGGCAGCGACGAGCGGGACUGUCUGACCGCCGUGCCGCGCAAGGUCAUCACCGCCGCCCUCAUCGGCAGUUUGGUCUGCAGCCUCCUGCUGGUGGUGGCGCUGGGCUGCGCCCUGAAGCUGCACUCGCUCCGCAGCCGAGAGUACAGGGCCUUCGAGACACAGAUGACACGAAUGGAGGCGGAGUUUGUGCAGAGAGAAGCUCCGCCCUCGUACGGCCAGCUCAUCGCGCAGGGCCUCAUCCCACCCGUGGACGACUUCCCGGUCUACAACCCCGCGCAGGCCUCCGUGCUGCAGAACCUGAGGCUGGCCAUGAGUCGGCAGAUCCGCCGGCACUCUUCGCGACGCUCCUCCGCCUCUCGUCGCCGACUGGGCCGCCUGUGGAACCGCCUCUUCCGCGGAGACGGACGGGCCGCGCUCCUGGACCCGCCGGGUCACACGCAGAUCGACCUGGGCCUCCACUGCUACAGAGCGGUGGGGGACCCGGCGACCCCCACUGAUGGAUGCAACAUGGGAGGAGCCUGCUCCGCCUCCAUGGAGGCGUCAGAGAGUCCGGCGUCUCCUCUGUCGUACCAGUCACUGGACAGCGGCGAGUCCCCAGUCGGCAGGACUCCUGAGUCCCAGCCUCACAGUCCUCAGGCGGACGCGUCCCGCGACAGCCCGACUCCACCCACCUCCGCGGAGACGCCGGUCGCUGCGUGCCAACCUCGCACCUCCAGAAAACUGGUCCUGGAGCUGGCCUUGAACCUGAAGGGUGUUUCCCUCCGACGGUACUCUCCGCUCGGACCCGUGUCGCCGGCCCCGACCCCUGCGGCCCCCACAGAGCCACUCACUCAGCCCAGGACUCCGCCCUCCGACAGCGGGUCCCCAGGUGCGGCCGGUUUCCCCUCUGGAGGGAAGGGAGAGCGGGAGGUCAAGAGGCGGCGCUGCCGUGAGGACGGCUGCGGCUCAGGGAGGGGGGCGUCCACCUGCUGAAGAUCAGCUGGGCCUUCUCUGCUAAGUGUCCUUCGCAGCCCGAGCCGUCCGUCCCAGAAGAGGCUCGGAGCGUCACCUUCAGUGCCAACGCCGGAGCCAUAACGUGCCGCCGAGAGCUGUGACCCGCCGAGCGGCCUUCUGCUUCCCUGGCUGUCUGGAGCAGAGGAGACCGGGGCCAGAACCAGGUCCGAGAGUGGAGUGGAGCUGCCGAUUCUGGCUUCCUUCUCUGGGAUGUUUCCUAUUCUCCUUCACUGCACGGGGCGAGGCUGGUGUCAGGCUCCGCCCAGUCAUGGGCCACGCCCAUCCAACUGGCGUCACGCUCAAGUCGCUCAUCGCUGCUGCCCGUCUCACGAGCCACUGGAGACGUCGCUCCGUCUUUUCUUCAGCAACGUGUCUUCUCCUUCUGCGAAAUGCCUUAAACCGCUGUGUUGCUUUGCGCAUCCAAACGUGAUGACCACCUGAUGGCGCCGCGCCUCUUGAGACGAGUGAAACCAAGUGCGACCCCAUCAGGUCCCUCCUGGUGAUGUAGGGUGCUAGAGCGGGUCAGUCAGGGGCCGGGGCUUGUGGCGGCUGCACCGAGCUUCCCGCCGGAGACUCGGUCCCACCAGGGUCUCCAGACGAGCUGUGCCUGCUGGCUCAUCGCGCGGCUGCUUCAGGGCCAAACGUCUGCGUCAGGCUCUUCUCUGGAGACGGGAGUGAGGGCAGCGACGCAUCACGCCGCGUCUGGAGCCCAAACAGGCCUGGUCACAUGAUCGCGCUCCGUCAGGGGCCUCACCAGGUGUGGACCUUCCUCUCUGCCUGUGGGGGCUCGGCACUCUGGUUUCCUCCCUCAAUAAACCAGAGGCUGAUCGAUGACUGUGUCUGCUCGGCAGUCGUGAAUGACUGAGGUCCAUGUCGUGGUCGGCCUGUGAUGAGAUUACCACCGGAGGGAUUAUAAUCCAGGCUCGUCUGACGCGGCCUCGGAGCAGGGUCUCGUCUUUUUCAGGAGAUUUGAGCCCCAGAUUCAGCUUCCGCCUGCCGUUGCUUCAGCGGUUGUGUCCCGGAGUCACUUAGAACGUGACCCACUCCCGAGUCACCCAGACGUGUCCCGCUCGUGUCAGCUUCAGGCCGAGUCGAUCUGCUACUCCUCCACCGUGAGGUCCUGUGGCGGAGCGAGGUCCCCUCAGCUCUCACCAGUGCAUCGUGCUGCGCAGCACUGUCGUCUCUCUGGGACUCUGAGUAGAGCCACUGAAUGUCUCAUAUCUAAGCCAGAGACGCCGGGCGAGCCGCCAAGUCUUGGUGUGGAGUGGACGGUUGAUGACGUGCUGUGUGUGACGCCAGCGCUGCUGCCGCUGCUCUGUCAACACACCUCAACUGACAUCAAGUUUAUUUUCUCAUUUGCUGUCAAUAAAUCUGACCGUGAGCUCUGUGUCACCGAGUCCUCACUCGC